CAAGACACUAACGAAAUAAGCCGCCGGUGAACGGCGAGAAAGUAUCUACAAGUUUUAACCUUUUUGAAUAAUUUGAUUUAACUGGUGGAAAAUUAAGACGAUUUAACGUUAGAAGAUGGCUGUGAACGUUUACUCUACAUCUGUGACCGGCGACAACCUUAGUCGCCAUGAUAUGCUUUCUUGGAUCAACGAGUCUGUACAGAUGAACUACUCCAAGAUUGAGCAGUUGUGCUCAGGUGCUGCUUACUGUCAGUUCAUGGACAUGCUUUUCCCUGGAUGCAUACCAUUGAAGAAGGUUAAAUUCCAGGCCAAACUAGAGACUGAGUUCCUCCACAACUUCAAACUUCUACAGACCAGUUUUAAGAAGAUUCAGGUUGAGAAGAUCAUUCCUGUUGAUAAAUUGAUAAAAGGCAAGUUCCAGGACAACUUUGAGUUUGUGCAGUGGUUCAAGAAAUUAUUUGAUGCCAACUACGAUGGGAGGGAUUAUGACCCAGUCAGUGCUCGCCAAGGCCAGGACACUGCGCCUACGCCCAACCCAGGGCAGGUCGUACCCAAGCCCAGGAAGCCCAGCACUGGUGAGGAAGACACAUUUAUAAUUUCUAACAUUUUGAUUGUAUUUUAAAUACCUAAUUGAAAAUAUAGCUGCAAGCAGCAAAGAGGGGUCUAAAUCACGUUAUAAUCCAAGUUACUCUGUCAGCUGGUGGAACAAAAAAAAGAUUGAUCCAGUGUCUUUGAUGCUUGGACCCUUAAAUGCAUACUGUAUGCAUUUCUAUUUCAGUACAGCCCCACAGCUCCCCACCUGUUAUCAAACCAGCUGCGAGAGUCGGUAAGGUGGUUUAAUGGUCAAACGGAUCUCCAAUGGGCACCUAUGGUGGGCUAUCACAGUCAUGGUCACUGUGGAAAGGAAUAUUGCUGUAAGGCUAGAUACUGGAGUCAGUGGGUGUUAAUGUGCAGUUGUGUGUCUAAGGUUGAGGGAAUACACAGUCCACAGCUAUAUUAUUCUUUCCUAGUUUGCUAACUGAUUUGUGUUGGAUCUAGCUCCCAUGAGGUCUACAACAGCAGUGACCAAACCCCCGCCCAAGUCAGCAGGGAGUGCCUUGCGUAGGCCCGGAGCAGCAGGGGACAUGGAGAGGGAGGAGCUAUCCCAGGAGGUCAGUUCCCUGAAAGCCACUGUCCAGGACAUGGAGAAAGAAAGAGACUUUUAUUUUGGGAAGCUGAGGUCCAUUGAGGUCAUCUGCCAGGAAGUGGAUGGAGAGGCAGAUACAACUAUGCAGAAGAUUAUGGAUGUUCUAUAUGCCACUGAUGAGGGGUUUGUUAUUCCUGAUUCCGAUGCUGAAGGAGAAGAACCAGAAGAGUUCUGAUGAAAAAUGGACACAACUCUAGUCCAUGCCAUAAUCUCUCUCUCUCACACACACACAUACACACACACACACGGGUUAGUGAACACAUGUUUGCAUUUGCAAUGUACAUGCAUACACACUCGUGUGCUCUAAUGAACAUGCACUUACUCACACAUACUGCCACUGUGGAUUAAGUUGCCUUUGGAUCAUACACUGGCUACCCCCUUGGUCCAAGUCUUUGUUGGUCCAAGUGUUCUUUGGACCGUAAUACUUUUCAGAGAGCCUGCUGAUCCAGCCACCAGAGAAGAAGAACCCUAGAUAAUUGUAAUGGGGACAUUCCUUUCUGGUUUCUUUUCUGCCUUGUUCUUAUUCUGGCCUCUGCUGUGCCUUUCAACUUUGGCCUGUUACUUUUGAAAUAUGUUCAGGUCUUUCUAUUCCUUAUUUCCAAUUGACCUAAACAAAACUGUACCAGGUUAUUUUGAUAUAUUUGCAAAUAUGAUUAAUUAUUAAAGAUGUAUGAAGAUGUUUACUCUGCCAAUGGAAAUUAUUGUAAUUUUUAUGGUAUGUUUACGCAUAUUCAUUAUAUACUUGAGUUCAAAUUUGAAGUUUAGGCGAUCAGCAUUUGUAUUUAGUUUCCUGUCUAUCUGGGGAGGUAUUCAUCACAUUACUUUUUUUGAAGUAAGAAAAGUAAUGUUUAUUGUUAACCUUUUAAAUAAAAAAAUACUGUACUUUUUACUUAUAAGCUAAAUUAUAGACUCAUUCUGCCAUUUGUGUGUUGUAUGUAGGCUAGUUUUACACUACAGAGACUAGCAUCUCUACCGACCUAUGUUCUAAUUGACUUCCUCAUGUGAGGCAAAGACCGGAUGUAUGGUUGCCUGUCCACACUGAAGAAAUACUUCCUUCUAGUCUACAAUAAGAGCAGAACUAUACGCUCUUAACAGAGGAACUGAGAGCUGUCUUUUAGACCUCGGAAGUCUGUUCUAAACUUGGGAGCAAUAUAAGGUUUCUAUAAGCAUCUCUUGUCUUUAGAAAUGAAGUAUUGAUUGGAGAAAUUAAAUGUUUUUAGGUUGAAGAAAUAACUUGUUUUGACAAGUUUAAUGUUAUUAAAAACUCAAAUGUA